CCAGCCUCACGGACUUUCGGCUGAACAACCCUACACGGUCCUCAGGGUGAUUAAGAAGCCCAGCGGCCCUCCAGGGCACAGGACCCCCUCUGGGCCGCCAUGUCCAGGCUGAGCUUCUUCUUCCUAGCGGCCUCCUUUGAGUUCCUCUCCCUCCUCCGACCGACAGCCUCUGGCCACUGCCAAGCGUUCUCCAGUGAUGAGUGCCAGAAAUCCACAAGCUUCGUGCCGGGGCACAACUUGAUUGGCAAGGGACUCGAUAUCACCACGCUGAGCAGGAAAGGGGCCUCUGUGGUGGACACCAGCCAGUGGCGGGGAGCCAACGGGACCUGCAACCUGUGCCGGAAUCCGCUGAUGGACGGGGAGAUGCAGAGGCUCCCCUUGGAGGCUGUCGACUGGGAGGUGUAUAGCAAGUGCCAAGACCAAGCGGCCGCCUCCGUGGAGCACUCCAUGUUGGAUGUGGCAAAUGCAAUGACUGCAGAAGUGACGAAUGACUGGCAGGCAGACUUGGGGUUGCCUAUGAUCCAGGCGGCAUUUGGUGGAUCUCAGUCCCGGAUAAUCCUUCGCGCUCACAAGUACUCCCAGAGGGACAGUUACAGCUUUAUAAAGCACGAGACGUACUGCGAAAAUUACCAGCUAAGACUUUUGAGCAGUCCCUCAUUGCUGGCCUCUCACUUCUCCCACGAUGUGAGCAGCCUCCCAGAGGAGUAUCGCCGCAUGGAAUACCAGCGUCUCAUCGACAUCUACGGCACCCACUACAUCAGCCAAGUGAAGCUGGGUGCGCAAAGGCGUCACCUGUUCGCCGUGCGGAACUGUGAAGCAGUCUUGAAUGGCUUUACUGCUUUUGACCUUAAGAACUGUUUGAAUAUGAACAGCUCUCUUGGAUGGUUCUGGAAGAACCAUUUCUACAGUUCCAAGUGCCAUCAGCUCUGGAGAGACGACAUCAAGGGAAAUUUGCGAGGCACUUUUGUUAAGUGGCACACAGCGGUCAUGGGAGGAAGUGAGGCCGAGAAGGUGCUCUUUGCAGGAGGCCAGCACUCUUUGGAAUGGAUGAGGAGUGCCAAAAGACACCCUGACGUGGUGUCGUACUCUCUGACACCGCUACACACUUUGCUAAAACAAAGUGAGCCAAGGAGGAAAGCACUGAAGCAAGCCAUCAGCGACUAUAUAACCGAAAGGGCCCUGAGAAGGAGCUGUGACGGACAGUGCCCGUACAAUGGCUUUCGGAGUCGGGAAGACCACUGCACAUGCAUGUGCCACACCAACAACCUGAACAACAACAUGUGCUGUGCCCGGGAGUGGGGUAAGGCCCGCCUCAAAUUCUACAUACGAAGAGCCGCCAACCUUUGGGGUGACCCCUUCGGUGCUGCCGACGCCUACGUCAGAGUGCUCUUCCAAGGCCGGACAAAGCGGACGAGGGUCAUUGAUGGUAAUAACAGCCCCCAGUGGCAUGAAACCCUGGACUUUGGGACUGUCACAUUGGCACACUACAACACCUAUAAGCUGGAGGUGUGGGACAGUGAUCACUGGGAGGAUGACCUGUUGGAUAGAUUUCUGGGUGAAAUGAAGGCGGGGGGUACUUAUGAAUGCAAAGGAUACCUAGAUUAUGGACACAUUGAGUUCAGUUAUACACUGGAGUGCGCUCCAACUCUGGGUGGCCCCUCCUGUCAGACCUAUAUCCCCCUGAAGCGGCCGGCUUCUAGUUCCUGAAAUACUAGCCCAGGUUAAACUACCCUGUUGCGUCAGGCAUGGCAGCUGAAAAAUAGGCCCGGAAGAGGUCCAGCAGAGUCAGGGAAAAGCCAGGAGGUAUCUGAAAGAUCUGGAAGCUAAACGUCAACCCCCAGAUGAGGAUAGGAAGGGCUCUCUGAAAUUUUGUCGUUUUUCAGACCCCGCCAACCCUCUAAGCCACCCAGAAAACUCCCCUCAUGGAACAAAAUGUAAAAGUGACAGUCCCAAAGUCCAGGGUUUCAUGCCAGCUCUCUUUGAGAAUUAAUUAAAACAGUUAUGGAAAAAUUAGAUGAAUUGCUUUUUAGUAGAGGUUCAGAGUUGAGAUUGGCUUCCUUACCUUGCUUGAUCAGAUGUAAUUCAUAUGCACCUGCUGAUUGGCUCAUUUGCACUUGCUCUGUUGAUCUCAUGCUAAGUUCAGAACCAAUCACAUAUCUAGAUAGUAACCAGAGGAUUACGAUAUAAGUCUAGGGGAGGUCAAGACUGAUAUUUUUGUAUAAAAACACCGUAUCGUGAUAAGCAGAUGAGAUUUCUCUGUAUGGAAGUCUCAGAAGAUUAGGUGAGAUUUCUGUCUGUGCAUCAUUAAGACAUAUAUGAUAAUACCUAAAGGCGGUGAGACAGGAAAACCUGGAACCUGGUUUGCUUUUAAAGUUAUUACUCACUAUAAUAUGAUUAAGCAGUAUUAGAAACUUUGAUUAUUUU